CGGGGCGAGGACUUGCGCAUGCGCACACGUCCCCAUACGGUCCCACCGGAAAAGGGAGGGGGGCGCUGGAAGGCGGGCCCUAGGCUGAGCUGCCUAAGCGAUGAGGUAAUCGCGUAAGACGCCACGUUUGUGGCCCCGCCCACCGGCCCCCACGAGAGCGGCGCCCGGGUCCGGGUUGUCUACGUUUCAAUCUUAACGGUUGCGGCGCGGGGGGGUGAAGGGGGGUGCUGGCCUCGGCGCAGGCGCGCACGGCGGACACGCACUCACGCACGCGCGCACGGGCGUUGGCUUGGAGGGCCGGGACGCGUGGGGCCGGAGUGUGUGGCGGGCGGGCGGGCGCGGCGAUGGGGGAGGCCGAGACGCCUGCUUUCGAGAUGACCUGGAGCAGCACGACCAGCAGCGGCUACUGCAGCCAGGAGGACUCGGACUCGGAGCUCGAGCAGUACUUCACGGCCCGCACCUCGCUGGUCCGCAGGCCGCGCCGGGACCAGGAUGAGCCAGUGGAGUGGGAGACGCCUGAGCUUUCUCAGGCUGAAAUUGAGCAGAAGAUCAAGGAGUACAAUAGCCAGAUCAACAGCAACCUCUUCAUGAGCCUGAACAAGGAUGGUUCCUACACGGGCUUCAUCAAAGUCCAGCUGAAGCUGGUGCGCCCUGUCUCCGUGCCCUCCAGCAAGAAGCCACCCUCCUUACAGGACGCCAGGCGAGGCACCGGGCGGGGCACAGCUGUGAAGCGACGCACCUCCUUCUACCUGCCCAAGGAUGCCGUCAAGCACCUACACAUCCUGUCACGCACUCGGGCGCGUGAGGUCAUUGAGGCUCUGCUGCGCAAGUUCUUGGUGAUGGAUGAUCCUCGGAAGUUUGCCCUCUUUGAACGGUCUGAGCGUCAUGGCCAAGUGUACUUCCGGAAACUCUCAGACGAUGACCAGCCCCUGAGGCUGCGACUUCUUUCGGGACCCAGUGAGAAGGCCCUGAGCUUUGUCCUGAAGGAGAAUGACACCGGGGAAGUGAACUGGGAUGCCUUCAGCAUGCCUGAACUACACAACUUUCUGCGCAUCCUGCAGCGAGAGGAAGAGGAGCACCUUCGCCAGAUCCUCCAGAAGUACUCGCGUUGCCGCCAGAAGAUCCAAGAAGCCCUACAUUCCUGUCCAUUGGGAUGACCCCUUGUACCCCUGGGGGGCAGGAGAGUUGGCAGUGCCAAGAGCGUGCCGUGUGAGUGUGAAAGAGUCCGAUGGGCAUGAAGAAUGAGUAUGCAUGGAGGUUCUCCCCUGUUGGGGAAAUAAGCCCAGAAAACAGCGAAGAAGCUGUCCCCCUGUGUACACCAGUGGGUGUAGCAGGGCACGGCUUGCCGCACCUCAGUUCCUCAUGUUCGGGGUCACAGUGGGCCAGGGCUACUCUAGGUAGCAGCAGCUCCAAGCUUGCAGCAGGGGUGGAGCAGACAUGAGUCUUACAUGUGAGAAUCUUGGAGACUCCAAACACAAAAGGGUGGUGUUUGCAGGGAUGCGGGCCCUAAUCUGUGGGCAAAGGUUUGGGGUCUCAGACAGGGUCUCAGGAUAGCCCUAAUUAGAGCCACGAGUGGGUGCUCAGAGUAAGGCAGACAUGGAGGUAAAAGUCUCUUUAUAGUGCCUUAUGAUUCCCACCUUCCUGAAGUCAGGGAGGGCUGGCUCAGGGCAGCAGCAGUGGGGCAGCACCUCCAAAGGAGGAAGGCCCUGGGCCAGGCUAGGGUGUUGGUGUGAAUGAGGGCACUGGGCCAGGCCUAUUCUUCGUUUGCCAAAGCUAGGGUUUCUCCCUCAGAUGCUUUUAAUGAGGUGUGUGAAUGUAUGUAAUGUUUUAUGGCCUCAACCAAAUGCCUCCUGUGGGGAAAUGGAUGAGGGAUGACAGUCAUCAGCAGGGCCUGAGGCCUGAAAGAAUUGGCUGAAUAAAGAUUUU